AUGCCGACGACAUCGACAUCGGCGUCCACCAAUGGUGCGACGCCCAUCGCCGUCAUCCCCGGAGACGGUAUUGGCAAGGAGGUAAUGCCGCCGGCCAUCUCGAUCCUGCAAGCGGCCGCAAACAAGUUCAGCUGCGAUCUGCAGCUGACCGAGUUCGACUUUGCGUCGUGCGACUACUAUGAAAGCCACGGCAAGAUGCUGCCCGAUGACUGGGUCGAGACGCUGCGUAAGUUCGAUUGCAUCUACUUUGGUGCUGUCGGAGAUCCCAAACGGGUGCCAGACCAUGUCAGUCUCUGGGGUAACCUGCUGCUCUUCCGACGGCAGUUUGACCAGUGCAUAUUCCUGUGGCGCUGUACCCAACUCCACGGGCGGGGGGGGGGAAGUCCCAAGCUGAUCCCCGGUGUACCAUCUUCACUCGCGAAUCCAGGCCCGAUUGACUUUUGGAUCGUCCGUGAAAACACCGAGGGCGAGUAUAGCGAGAUCGGCGGGCGAAUCGUCCACGGCACCGAUCGCGAACUAGUCGCACAACAGACAGUCAUGACGCGACAAGGUGUCGACCGCAUCUUGCGCUACGCGUUCGAGCUUGCGCGGAGUCGGCCCGCGAAGCAUCUCACGAGCGCCACAAAGAGCAAUGGGAUCAGCGUCACGAUGCCGUACUGGGAUGAGCGGGUCGAAGAGAUGGGCAAGGAGUAUCCGGAAGUCAAGGUGGACAAGUUUCACAUCGACAUCCUGACUGCUCACUUUGUCCAACGUCCGACGUUCUUUGAUGUCGUCGUCGGCUCAAACCUGCUUGGCGACAUCCAAUCUGACCUCGGUCCAGCGGUGACGGGUACGAUCGGCAUCGCGCCGAGCGGGAACAUCGACCCGACGGGCGCAGGGCCGCGCCUGUUCGAACCGGCACAUGGCAGCGCGUCGGACAUCAUGGGCCAAGGGAUCGCCAACCCGGUCGGGAUGAUCUGGGCGGGCAGCAUGAUGCUACGCCACCUGGUUGAGGCGCAGGCGGCCGACGCAAUCCUCGCGGCCAUCGAGCGCAUCACGCCAGAUAUGGGCCGCAAGGGGAAUACCAAGGCGUUUGCCAAGGCGAUCGAGGAUGCAUUGGUCAGUGGCCAAUGA